CAUAAGCGAAGGCGGGAGGCGGGGUCAGAGGCGCGGGCGGGAGGCGGGGCAAAGGGACCGUUCGAGGACGCGUGAGGCAGCGACUCCCGAGCAUGCUCCGCUGGGCCCGCACCUGGCGGCUCCCCCGUAGCGGGGUUGGCCCCUCCAGCCUCGGCUUUCCUCGAGAGCCCGUCGCACUCAGCAGCAGCGGCCGCGGCGGCGCCACGCCGAGGCCAGUGCCGCUUGCCUACAACCUUCUGGACGGGGAGCCGACCCUCCCGGCCCUCGUCUUCCUGCACGGGCUCUUCGGCUGCAAAACCAACUUCAACUCCAUCGCCAAGGGCUUGGCCCGGCAGACCGGCCGCAGAGUUCUCUUGGUGGAUGCCCGGAACCACGGCGACAGCCCCCACAACCCAGACAACAGCUACGAAGCCAUGAGCCAGGACCUUCAGGAGCUCCUGCCCAAGCUGGGCCUGGUGCCCUGCGUCCUCAUUGGCCACAGCAUGGGAGGCAAGACCGCGAUGCUGCUGGCCCUCCAGAGGCCCGAGCUGGUGGACCGUCUGAUCUCCGUGGACAUCAGCCCUGGAGAGACCACGGCUGUGUCAGACUUCCCGGCCUUCAUGGCAGCCAUGAAGGCCAUCCGCAUCCCGGAUGGGUUGCCCCGCUCCUCUGCCCGCAAGCUGGCCGAUGAGCAGCUCAGUCCCGUCAUCCAGGAUAUAGGCAUGCGGCAGUACAUACUCACCAACCUGGUGGAGGUGGACGGGCACCACGUGUGGCGGGUCAACCUGGACGCCCUGACACAGCACAUGAACCAGAUCAUGACCUUUCCUGCCCACCAAGACGCCUACCCGGGGCCCACCCUCUUCCUCCUCGGUGGGAACUCCAAGUUCGUGUGCCCCAGCCACCACCCCAAGAUCCGGCAGCUCUUUCCUCGUGCCCAGAUGCAGACGGUGCCCAAUGCUGGCCACUGGGUCCAUGCUGACUGUCCGCAGGACUUCAUGGCUGCUGUCCGCGGCUUUCUGGCCUGAGAGCUGUCCUGGGGCCUGCUCCAGCCCUGCACACAGGCCCAGGCGGGCACCGCGGAGGACAUGAAGAUACAGAGAUGCUCAGAUCCUUCCCUUUAAUGAGUAAGGUACCGCCCGGCCCAGGGUCUCUCAGCGCCAGUGCCCCCACCGGCCCAGGGGGAAGUGGCCCCGGGGGGCCCUGGCCACUCUGGAGUCUCCGGGGGUCCCCGCAGCUCCCCGGGCCUCGCGCUCGUGCCGCAGCUGAGUCUCCACCUGCCGCUGCACCAGCUGUUGCAUGUCUUCCUGCGGGCAGGAGAGCAGGUUCAGGGGCGGCUCCGUGCCCGCCCCCCCCAGCCCCCGGCAGCAUGCCCACUCUACCUCCCAGGCCUCCACCUCCUGCUGCAGCCUCAGUUUCUCCUCCAGGACUUCCAGCAACUGGGCCUCCACAGCUUGCAGCCGGGCCCUGCAGCGGUCCAGCUCUGCCUCCACGGCCCGCUUCCUACCGGGAAGGGAAGGGCACUUCGAGGUGGCGGUGCUGUCCUUCCGGGAGCCUCCCGCUUCCCCCACCCCUCCCCUCCCACCACCUCCUCUUCCCCUUCCUCCUCCCGCCCCCCCCCAGCCCUGAGGGAGCCCUAGGCCCCCCACCCCACCCCUGCAGGGUGUUGCCUCUCACUUGGCAAUGGCCUCAUCGCGUUCCCGCAGGGCUUGGUCCAGCGAGGGCUCAGUCCCAGGGUCCCCCAGUGCUCCAGCCACCCUCCGCUCUGGGCUCUGGCCGGGAAAAGCGAUGGGAGCCGGGGUGAGCUCGUCCAGCUGGGUAGCCUGCCCUGGGCCCUUCACCUCGCCCUGGGGCUUGAUGCUAGAGCCAGACGUCCGAGGAGUUCAGCCUGUGUCCCCGGCGGCCCAGUCUGCACGGUGCCAUGUGAGGGGGUGGCUGGCGUCUGACCCGUGAGCACUGACGCUUUCUCCCCUGAUCCCAGGAGGAGGGUUCGGCUGGCUGGGGAGCGCACUUACCCCUCCGGGGCCCCAGACGGAGAGGGAGGGCAGGGCAGUGGGCUGACUGGGAGGCUAAUCAGUGGGGUGGGGCUGGAGGACUUGGCCCUUUGCUCUCCUUGGAGGCUGGGUGCCCCAGCAGGCCCCGCCCCAGCCCUCGACACGCCCCCCCCUCACCUGGUGGAAGGGGGUGCUCUGCUGCCAUCGGAGGAUGGGGAAGGAGGGUCAGGUUCCCCUCCCCGCUGCCCACCAGCCAGCCCUUCCCCGAGUGGGUACUUGGACUGACAUCAACACAAGACGACCCAAACAGUGCAGUGACCAGUGACAACGGAAACAGAACUGGUCUCAGCAGGAAGCUCACCAGUGGGGGGGACAAUGGGGCAGUGGUGGAGGGAAAUGGACGCUGGGAAGGGGAGUGGGCCUGGGCUGGGUCAUACGUGAACCC